UUCAAAAUGAACAUGUCUAGAUUAUUCCAAAUCAUUUAAUUUUAAAAAUGGCGCAUCAAAACAAUUCUAAACUCAACAGACGAAUUUUUGUUAAAAAUCUCUCACCGGAGAUUACAUGCAAAGAGCUGGAAAAGAACUUUUCAUUCAGUGGUCCGAUAGAAAGUAUCUUGCUUCAAAGGAAUUGUCUAAACGAUAAAACAUUGUGUGCAGUAAUCACAUUCAAAUCAUGUGAGUCAUUAGAAGCUGCUUGUUUGCUCAACGACAUGCAACUUCUGGACAGUAGAAUUUCUGUAGAACCUUAUUUAGAGCCAUCACCAGAUAAUAUCCAGCAUCAUCCGGCCUCCGGUAAUGCAAAUAUAAGUGCUCCUAAGAAAGUCUUAGAUCCCCCUCACUUCACCGAAAACGACCAGCCCGAUAACCAAGAUUCUAAGAAUAUUGAUAAACCAAACGAGAUAAAAUGUUUUUUCAAAACUAUGAUAUCCUCUUUUUUUGUUAUGCUUGACGAAAAGCUCUUCAAUUCGAACGCUGAAGACGACGAUAUGUGCAAAAACAAGACAAAAUCUCCCGAAUCGAAGGUCCAAGAAGUUAAUGAACAUGAUCCUUCUGAAAAAUUCAGAAACAUAGGCGAAACUUCAGAAUUGAAGAAAUGCAACAACAACAGUAUUGCAUCCAGUGAAGAAUCAGCGUUUGGAAAAAGAUUGUGCGCUGCAGUAGACCAUAUGUUUAAACAUCCAUAUGUUUCGAAAGGGGUUUCUGAUCUCAAAAGAAUUAGCAAAACUUUCAAAGAGCAUUCAAGUGCAGGAUUACAAUGCAUUGCUAAUAGAGUGGAAUCAAUGUACGAAUGUGAAUACAAUGAAUCUAAAUCGACGAAAAAAGGAAACGAAGCCGAUAACAUUUACAAUAGAAGCAAUGAUAACUGUACUGAACCAUCAAAUAUGCAGGACUUUCAAUUCCUUAGCCCCAGAUCUAUGCUUUUAGUAUCAAUCGAAUCAUAAUACGUAGGUGUACCCAUUCAAACCGACAAGAAAACAUUGUUUCAUCGACUAGGAAAUCUAUAAAAUAAAGUACCCCUUUGUGUACAAGGCUGUAUUCUAUUACUCAUAAUUGAUAAAACCACUAGC